AUGAUAUAAAAAGAUACUUUGAAUGUUUAAGCUAACUUGAGAGCUACUCACUUCACUUUAGGAAACAAUCCUGAUAAUCCAUACAAGACUGUUAAUCGUGAUUCUUUUAAGCCAUUAGCUUAAAGUGAAAAUGUUGAAUCAUAAGGUGAAAAGUUAGCAUUAAGAAAUAGUCAUUUUAUUUUGGGCGAUUAUAAUAAACCUGGUUUCUAUAAUACUAUGCACAAUAUUCACUAUCCUUAUCACAAAGGUGCUUAAGGAGCAAAAUUAGAAGAAGAAAAAAGACGUGAUUUGCGUACUCAUCACUUUUAAUUGGGCUCUUAUGGUCCAACAAUAAAGACUUCAAACAACUUAGUUUACAAUUAAAAACCUCUAUAAAAAGACCUUUAGCAUGAAAGAGAUGCUUAAAAAGCAAAAAUGAGAGCUCAUCACCAUAAUUUUGCUGAAUAAACAAAUGUUAUUAUGACUACCCAUUAUAAUGAUCAAUAUAAUAAGGAUGUCGAUCCCUAAGCUUUAAAACAAGGCAUUCCAGCUUCUGAACUAAAACAAAAAGUUGUCGAUUUGCGUAACUCCCACAUUGUUUUGGGUAAGGAAUACCUUCCUAUGGUUACAACAUAACAAUAGGAUUAUUCAUAAAAACCUGAUGCAAAACGUGAAGCAGUUAAUCCCCUCUUAUAAUAAAGUCAUUUCUAACUCGGUAGUUCUGGACCAGAUUUUAAAACCACAAACAACCAGUUCCAUGACAGAUAACCUUUGGUUGAAAAUAAAUUAGCUGAAGAAACAAAGAAAGAUUUAAGAGCAAGUCAUUUCACAAUGGGCCAAGAUUAUCAAGGCUAUCUUACUGAAACUAAAGGAAAUUAUAUAAACCAUCAUCAAUAAGGAUUCUAAAAAGUAAAUUAGGAUGAAAAGUUCUUUAAAAACAAUUUCACCCACACAAAUCCUAACGGAAACAACUAUUACAAUUCAACCUAUAAAACAUUCAUGAAACCACCAUAAAUUACAAAUGUUUAACAAAGCAGAAAUCAAUAGCAAGAUAGAGGCUCUAAUUUCAAAAUAGGUUUCUAAGGUGAUUCUUGGUAGACUGAAUUUUAAGAUAAAUUUAAUUAAAAAGAAGGCGGACGUCAAAUUAUGGAUUAACAAUUAAAAAAUAAUUUAAGAUCAAGCCACUUUUAAUUUAACGAUGUAAAAAAUGGUUUAUACAACACCACAUUUAAGUCAUCUUUCACUUACAAAGAUGGUUCAAAUGCAAGAGGAACUCUUGACUAAGAACUCUAAAAAGACUUAAGAAGCCAUCACUUCCAUUUCGGAAAAUAAUAAGGAGAGUAUUAAACUACUAACUAAAGAACUUACACUGUUCCUAAAAAUGUAGAAAGAGCUCAGUUUAAUAAAGAAAGAGCAGCUGAUUUAAGAGCUGAUCAUUUUAAGAUUAAUUGA